UUAGAAGAUGUUGGAAUCACCACAGAGGCGAUCGAGACGGUGGAAAACCGUUCCACGGGUCAAGUUGAAGAGUCCAAAGGUGCUACAAUGAAUGUUGUUUCUCAGGUAGUCGAAGGAUUAGACUCAACGUUAACUUCUGGAUCAACUGGAACGAUAAAUAAUGUUACAGCCGAUAUGAUGGAAGAAAGAACGGAUACAUCAGCAUCUGUUAAUAUGCAACUUCCAUGUGUUUAUAAUCCAACACCGAUUGCGGAAUUAAAGAAACGUCAUAUACCAAUAGUAUCUUAUAUGCCAACGAGAAAAAGUAAAGUUGCUGUAAAGCGUAAAUGUUCUCCAGAUGGAGUUAAGCCUUGGUUAAAUAUAGGUAACGAAUCUAUGGAAUCUCAAAAUGUUGAAAUUAAAUACAAACCUACAAUGAUAAUCAGUCCUGAAUCUCGAGAUACUAUGCAAAGUUACAUACCUACAUGUAAAUCGGAUUCAGCUUCGUUAAAUUCUUGCAAGGAUGGUAGUUCGAACGAGUAUUUAUUUAAAAUCAGGGAAACUUAUUAUCCAAAAUGUAAGAAGAGAAGAGAAGAAUAUGUUCCAAAGAAAGUAAAAGCUCCGUUAAAAUCUGUCGAUGGAUUAAACGAAUCUGCAUUUGAUCAUUUUGAAACUGAGCUUGAUAUGAUGGACGAGGUUACUAAAUUUACUAAAUCGUCUAUUAAAUCGAUUUCUGAUGUACAAUCUGACAAAAUGUCUCAAGAUAAUAAAUCUUCUAUAAAUAUUGAACCGAAAUUUUCUGAUGACGAUGAAGAAGAAAAUAAUCGUGAUAAUGUCGAAAAUCAUAGUCACAAUGACACAAAUAAAACCAAUACUGCACAAAUUGAUUCCAUAGACACGGAACAAAUUGAUUCGUAUCGCGAUACUGAGAAAUCCGAUUAUUUGAAAAAUAAUCAGAAAAUAGAUGCACAUUAUUCAAAGUCAAUUAAUGAUAAUAAUUGCAUUAAUGAAAAUACAUAUAGUAACAUUUUGAAUCGAGAUAGAUUUCCAAAUAAGGAAAAUUCGAAAAACUCCUUGCAGUCUGACAAAGGAAAUGUAUCGGAAGUAGAUUCGAAUAAAGAUACCUUUUUAAAUGAUAAGGAAUAUAAGAGCAGGGAUAAAAAUAAAAUUGAAAAUCAAAAAGAUCAUAAUACAUCUCGUAAGGAUAAAUAUGAGUCGAAUAAAAAAACUCAUUCCACCUCGUGUAGUAAAAGUAAAAGUAAGAAUCAUUUGAGACACAAAAGCAAAGGAUCAAGAGAUAAGAAAUAUGAUAAAGAUAAGAAUAAAUAUAAGCAUCAGGAUAAAGACAAAAAUAAAGAAAGCAAACACAAGACGAAAAGUGAUAGAAGGGACCAUCAUAGAUCUGAGAAAAAACGUCACGGCUAUUCUUCUGAGAAAAGAGAAGAACACGUUAAAAAUAAAAAUGAUAAAAAUUACAAACAUUCGAAAAUAGAUCGUAAAUCGAAUGAUAUGAUAAUCGAGAAAUUGCACGUACAUGAACGAAAUAAAGAAGAAAUAAAUUCAACUCACAAAUCGGUAAAUUUGAUAGAAAAUGUCCGUCUGAAUUCGUUGAACAAUAGCGAUGAAGAGAACGAGGAUCGUCAAAGUAGUAUUAUCGAUAACGAUAUUGAUGUAACUUUCAGUACAUCUGAUUCGGAUCAUGAUGUACAAGAAGAAUGUUUAAAAAUAUUUCAGGAAUAUCAAGUACCUGAACGGUCAAAAGAAAUAGAGCCAUCGAAAGAAUUAUCGGCAUUCCACGAGAACGAAAAGGAACAAAAAGAAGAGAUUGGCAGAAAAAGAGUGGCGCACCCUUCAGCUGCUGCAUGUGUUACCAGACAAAUUGGAAUUAAUCAACAGGCAAGAAAAUUGAUAAAUCCGCAACAAAAAAUGUAUGAAAGGUGGCGUUUAAUACGAGAUACUGUAACAGAAAAACCUAUUACCGCGAGCAGUAAUAUUUCUAAGGAUGUACGCCGAAUUUGUCCCGAAACGAUAGGGAUAGGAACGAUCAACAAUGAUUUAAAAUUAAAUGGAAAUGGUCGCGUUCGAAUUGCUCAUGUACCGUAUGCUAAAUCUCUAGCAAUAGAAAAAAAAAAGGUGACGGAAAAUUGCGUAGGAAAAUUGGGAGAAGCAAAAAUAACGGAUAAUUAUAAAACAGCUGCGCAAACGGCGAAGAGCGGUGUACGCAUUGCUCAUGUUCCACAAGUGAUUCCUCAAUUAAUACGCCCUGAACCAUUGCAAGUAACCACGCAAAAAUUUCCUUUAAAUGUUCGUCAGUAUUAUGUGAAUAUGAUGCAUGACGUAUGCGUAUUAAUUUACACAAAUUCCGAGGAUGCAGCUCAACGUGCAGUCAAAGAAGAAUACGCUUGUCACGAAAGAUGUAAAGCGCUAGCUGUUUAUAAAAAUUCUUGCAUGCUUGCUGCUCAUAGAUUGAGAAAAGAAGUUGAUCAAAAUUCAUCUGUGGAUAAUAAUGCAACAACAAUGCCGGGUAGCAGUACGAUGUCUCACGAAGUAAUACUUGCUGGGAAAGUUAAAGGUUCUUGGAGUGUUCUUAAGACAAAAAAAUCUGUUAUGGAAUUUAGAGGUGCAAUUUUAUAUAAUAUGUUAAAAAAAUGGAUAAUGACGGAACAACAACUUCGAGAUAACGGAUUUCCUCGUCCACAUCCCGAUGGUCAGAAGGGCCGUGCCAAAGUUUAUGUAACCAAUUCGCGAAAUCAAAGUGUUCUGUCAAAAGUGCCUAACGAAAGAAUUUGUAGUCGAUGUGGUCAAACUUACAUGAUCGAUAAACAAGGAUUUGCUUUACAACCACAGAAUUGUAUAUACCAUUGGGGCAGAAAAUUCACAAUCAGAGGUGAAAGCAAAUAUAGUUGUUGUCAACAAUAUGGUUCUGCAACUGGUUGUUGCGAUGCAAAAACACACGUUUGGGAUUAUACAGAUUAUGAAAAUCUUCGUGGUUAUGUAAAAACUUUGCCAAAAAAUACACCGAUCGAAGAACAAGGAGUAUAUGCGCUUGAUUGUGAAAUGUGUUACACUACUCAAGGACUGGAACUAACCAGGAUAACAGUUAUUGACGAGGAUUGCAAUGUAGUAUAUGAGACGUUAGUCAAUCCGCAAAAUCCUAUAAUAGAUUAUAACACAAGAUUUUCUGGUAUUACGGAAGAAAAUAUGAAAAAUGUUACAACAACGUUAUUAGAUGUUCAAGCGACACUGCUGACAAUGUUUUCUGAGAAAACUAUAUUAGUUGGUCAUAGUUUAGAAAGCGAUUUCAAAGCUUUAAGACUCUUGCAUGGAACUGUGGUCGAUACAAGCGUAAUGUUUCCACAUAAAAAUGGAUAUCCACAGAAGAGAGCAUUAAAAAAUCUUUGCUCGGAAUAUUUAAGAAAGCUUAUUCAAAAUGAUGUUGGUGGACACGAUAGUAAAGAGGAUGCCAUCGCUUGUAUGGAAUUAAUACUUUGGAAAGCAAAGGAAGAAGCAAAAUUACAAUAGAUGAUGUCAGACUGAAUUGUGUAUAGCUUAUGGUUUUACGGAUUAUUAAACGAUGAUAAUCGUUUUUUUUUUCUUUUCUAAAUAUUGUAUGAAUUGUAUUAUAGUUUUUUAUGUAUAAAUGUGAUAUACAUACGUCAGAUAAAUUGUGGAAUCGAUUAUUAUCACAAUCACAACUCACCUUUGAAUUACAUUUACAAUUUUAUGAUAGUACAAGUUUAUUCUUUUGGUCGUAUGUAAUUCAUACUUUUAUAAGAUUUCUUUAUUAUUGCGCUUUGAUUUUUGAAUCGUUCGAAUGUAAAUAGAACAAUAUAUAUGAUCUAUGUUGUAUCUUUUUUCUUAGUUGUCUUCGAAACUAUACAAGAUGUAAACUUAUUUUUGGAGAUUAAAAGUCUUGCAAUAAACGAACUUGAAUAUUU